AUGUCACCACAUACUGAUCUUCUCAAUCAAGUAUGGGCCAAUGUGUCCCAGGCAAUGGAUCAAAUGUUCGCACUCGAACCUAUGACGAAACGUCGACUGGAACAACUAUAUAAUGAAAUCUAUAGUUAUAUGAAGAGUGACGAACGCACUGAAGCCUUAUUGAAACAAUUAUCUGAACGACAUGAACGAAUAAGGGAAGAGGCAAAGAAAAAAGAAGACAAACAAGAUAAUGCCGCCGUCGCUGGUGCUACUGCUGCAGCGGUUACUCCACCUGUUCCUGCAGCUGAAACGAGAGUUCCCGGUGGCGAUCUGUACUAUAAUACGAAAGAUUAUCUUCGCCAGCGUCUCCAAGAAAUAGCUGAUAGUGAUCACAGCUCAAGUGGUGAUGAUUUCCUUCGAUUUUAUGUGAGAACGUGGACAAAAUAUCAAUUUUUGACACGAGUCAUCGAAUACAUCCUUAAACCAGUGGAUAUGAAUUGGAUUUCACGUCAAGCUGCUGAUAAGACCGCCGAUGUUUAUAGUGUUCAUACAACAGCUAUGCAUAUAUGGCAGGACAUCUUCUUCAAAAACAAUCAAAAUUUAGCACGAAGUUGUUUGGAUUUCAUUCGUGAUCACCGUGAAGGAAAACAGGUGGAUUUAUCUUUAGUUAAAGAGGUCGUAGACAGCUAUGUAUCUGCUGGAUUCACUGAAGAAGACAGAGCGAACAAACAAAGCCGAACGAGAGUUGUGACAUCACUGGAAAUUUAUCAAAAUUAUAUCGAAAAGCCAUUUCUGGAGAACACAGAUCUAUUCUACAAAAUCAAAUCAGAAGAAUAUCUCGUAGGAAAUUCUGCUCUCGACUAUGUCAAAAAAAAGAAGAAGACCGAACAAAGAAAUGUUUACACGAAACAACUCGAAGCGAUGUUGCCCGAAAUGAUAUCAUUGCUUACCCAAGAAAACAUUACAGAUCUAAAAGCCAUCUACACUUUCUUAAAUCGAGCAGCCGACGCCCAUAAGCCACUUCAAGAGACUCUAAAAGAACACAUACGUAAAAUUGGGUUAGACGCUGUUGAACGCGUCAGCGAUCAGGCAGAAAAAGAUCCAAAGAGUUAUGUCGAAGCACUCAUUGAAGUUCACACACGCUUUUCUAGUAUUGUCGAAACAGCAUUUUGUGGCAAUGCUGGUUAUCGGACUGCACUUAACAAAGCAUGUGGUGAAUUUAUCAAUAGAAACGCUGUUACAAACCGACCGAACAAAUCAUCGAUAUCAGCUGAACUAUUAGCUCGUUACUGUGAUACGAUUCUUCGAAAAGGACAUCAAGCAAGAAAUAUUGAUGUUGACAAAAAGAUUGAUGAAAUUAUGGCUAUUUUCAACUACAUUGAAGACAAAGAUAUUUUCCAGAAGUUCUAUUUCAAAUUGUUAGCUAAACGUCUAGUUGGCCAACUAAGUGCCUCGGACGAUUACGAAGAGUUGAUGAUAACAAAAUUAAAAGAAGUCUGUGGUUUUGAAUAUACAUUAAAAUUUCAACGAAUGUUUCAAGAUAUGCGUUUGAGCACAAAUCUAAUCAGUGAAUUCGAAAAUUAUUGUGAAGAAAAAAAUUGUAAUAAUAUAGUGAAAUUUUCGUUUAUGGUUCUGGCUUCAAAUACAUGGCCACUUAAAGGUCUUUCAAAAUUUAAUCUUCCUAUUGAGCUCAUACCAACAUUUGAAAGCUUUACGAGUUUCUACGGAAAGAAAUUCACCGGUCGAAAACUAGAAUGGGCACAUCACUUUUCGAAAGGCGAGUUGAAAAUGUUAUACACAGCAUCAAAAAAUACCGUUCAGGUGUCAACAUAUCAAAUGGCUAUUUUACUUUUGUUUAAUACUGUCGACAGCAUGACUGUGGAAGCCAUGCUCGACGCCACUCAAAUUGAGAAACAAUUGUUUUUGCAAGUUCUUGUGACUUUACUGAAGAGCAAAGUAUUGAAAUGUCCACAUUUGAGAUCCAACGGCGAAAUUAAAGAGAGGGACAUUGCAGAUGAUUUUUGUAUUGAUAUUGAUCUGGGUUUUAAAAAUAACAUGAUCAGAUUUAGUCUGCAUCAACCCAUUCGAUCAAUCGAACAAGCGGAUGCAGAAGCAACAACUCAAUCGAUCGAGGAAGAUCGCAAAAUGGUUAUUCAGGCUGCAAUCGUCCGAAUAAUGAAAGCUCGAAAAGAUUUACAACACAGUAUACUUAUUCAAGAAACUAUCUCGCAAUUGGUCUCAAGAUUUAUACCUAAAAUUCCACUGAUUAAAAAAUGCAUUGAUAUACUCAUUGAGAAGGAAUAUCUUGAACGCGACACUAAGGACAGAAAUCAAUAUCGAUAUUUGGCGUAA